UGUAGCAUGCAGCAUGUAUACCGGAAGGACGUGCGAAGAGUGCUUGAAGAAUGUUUCUUGUCUGUGGUGUACAGCAAAUAACACCUGUCUGGACUAUCCUGUGAAGACGCUCUUUCCUCCCUCGUCUCUAUGUGCCCUGUCCAAUGCAAGAUGGGCAGCUUGCUGGAUAAACUUUGAAGCGCUGAUUAUCGCCAUGUCGGUGGUGCUGGGAGCGAUCCUUUUAAGUGUCUUUGUCUGCUGCUGUUACUGCUGCUACUGCAGGAAGAGUUCAAGAACCAGGCUACUGGAAGCAGAAGAGGAGAAUCUUAUCCGAGAGAGAGAAAAGAGGAAACAGGAAUCCCUCCAGAGGAAGAAUGAAAGGACCAUAAAACAUAAUGAGAUCCGGAAGAAAUAUGGUCUCCUUCAUGACAUGGAUCAUCCCUACAGCACGUUCGAUGAGUAAUUCAUGAGGAUAUCUUGCUUCACUCCGUCCUGGUGCAUGA